CUUUAUCAUUCUCCCGUGUUUUUCUUCUCUUUUUCCCACAGUCAUCUGCUAUGAAUACCCAGCCACCUCUUUUCCCUUUCUCGCUCUGGUUGUUCCCUUGAUAUAUUCACCCAGUUUUUUCUGUCCUCUUUUCCUCUUGGAGGAGCCUCUGAGUCUGCUCAGGUGUUCCUUGUCAAGAUCCUCGGUUGAGUUGUGAAGGGAAAAUAGAAAAAAAAAACAUGAAUCAGUGUGGUUAUCAGCAGAAGAAGACCUUGACAACCUGCGAGGAGAUGAGGAUGGAAUCAGUGGUGUGCCCUAAACCUCGAAGAUUGGGCCUCAUGAACCACACAACCUUUGAUAACCACAUCAGACCCUUCAGGCCACCCUUUAUCAACUACCAAUCAGAAAUUGAAGAUUCAGGAGUUGGGGCUGAGCUUAUGGACAUCAUUCUCCCUAAGAGAUCUGGAGGGCAAUUGGCCUCAUCACCCCCAUUUUACUGUGGAUCUCCACCCAGCAGAGCCUCAAACCCUGUGAUUCAAGAUGAGCAAUUUGGUAAUGGUAUUGAGAAUUUUGGUCCAUUCAGCUUGGCACCCCCUUCACCAUCUUCCUCAGCAAGAGGUUGUGUGAGGAUGAAGUUUGGUCACACACCAGCUGCAGUGAGGAUCGAAGGUUUUGAUUGCCUCAGCAGGGAUAGGCGCAACUGCAGCAUUUCUGCCGUUGCUUAAUUCAAUUUUAAAGUGAGAAAAAGGAAAGCAGAAGAGUCAGAAAGGAGGAUUAAGAAUCACCAAAGUUCUAAGAGCAGAGGAGAUUUUUGGGACUAAGGAGCUAAUCUUAAUUUUAAAUCUUAUUUGUAUUAUAUGUAUAUACUGGUCUUAUGGAAGUUGUUGAUGAGUUAAUUAAGGUGUCGUCAUGUAUAAUUGAGAGAUGGUGGAAAUUUUCUCUUCUUCCUAGUUUUAUCCUUUUUGAAGAAUAAUAAAGAAAAGGGAACAACAACAGCAACAAAUCAAGGAAAAGAAAAAGGCAAGCAAAAGUCUUCUUCUUCUCUCUUGUUAGGUCUAUAUGAUGGAGUGAAACUUUCUUGUGAGUUUCAUGGAUCCAGAGUUUGUAACUUUCAUGUCAUUUCAAGCUCAUCUCCUCCUUUUGUAAUUGUAUUGUGGAGGAGAAAUUGAGGACUUAUCUUUGGAAUCUUUGUAAAAUAUAUUUUUUGUGGGUGCCCUAUUUGCAGGUGUCACCUGUUUCACUAUAUGAAAGAAAUAUUGUUCA